UUUCUACACAAAAUAUCCAAAAUUUAAUUCAGGCAAAAUCAAAAAAAUGGAUUAUCUGGAAGAUCUGUCGAAACGCAUUGCCCACUUCCACUGCGAACUCCACACGACCUUUGGUUACUUCAUUAAGGCCGCCUCAUGCAUGGCCUUUGGUGUGAUUCUGGGCUGGUUCAUGAGUCUCGUGGCAUUGGGUAUCUAUAAGCUGGCACUGGUGUUUGGAGCCAAGCCCAUUGUGCUACCCAACGAUGAGGAUGAUGAGAUCGAAAUGGAUCUAAUGGAAGGGUUUCUGCCAGUGGAUACCCGUGAACGGCAGGGCGAUGCGUGGCUGGAGAUGUAUUGGGAGGCACAGCAUCAGCAUCUGAGAACUCAGUCACAGCGGGAGUUGGCAGCAGUGAACCACCAAUCAACUUUGGUCACUUGAAAGUAUCUUUCGAAGUCGUCGCUCCUCUCCAGACAGUCUCGAGUGGCGUCCACAAAAAGCGCUAGAGAGACUUUCUUUCCUUUGUUGCUACUGCACGAAAGACUCCGCCAGUAAUCAUUAGCACAAUUUUCACCAUCGAUGCGAUGUCAUGCGAUGGCUUCCAAAUUCAAUUGCCCUUCGAGGCACACAGCCCCACAAACCCUCCAUAACUCUACGCCCACCGUGUGGUUGGGGUCGGCCUCGGGCUUCAAAAAUUUAAUAAACCAUAU